CAUAAUCCAUGUGUGGUGAAUGUUUGAAUUGAUUUUAAUCGCGUUCCAAGGAAACGACGUGAAGAGCGGACGACGACCGGCGAUCGAUCGCGAGGAUACCUUGAUACGAAGGAAGAGAAGGACGACUCGAGGUGCGCUAGAUGAUGGAAACAAAUGCGCCACAGAUGGACCUUCGUGACGUGGUCUCUCGAUGCAUCGAGCGAAGCUACGACUCGAUUCGGACCUUGGCGGCAGCUCUACCCACCAUGCCCAGCGUCACGGACAGGCGAACACAAACGUUGGCGCAGCUCGUCGACGCGCGCAUUGUAUUUGAGAAACUUCUGGCGACGACACGAUGGUCCGUGCAGACACCGAUUGCAGAACAAUGCAUCGAAGUCCACCGGCACAUUAAGCACUUCGACGACCAAUUUUACGAAACCCACGACAGAUUGCGACACAUGCAUGCCGCAUUGAAUGAGCUCAAGGUACCACACUACGAUCUGAAUGGCGCAAUCGAUGUUUUGUACGGCGGAUCGUACUCUCGGCUGCCGCGGGUGAUUCACCACGCAAUGCAACCCCGGCGACUUCCUCCCAUCGAUGAAGAGCACAGCAUUCAAGAAAUCAACGACACAAUCCGAUUUCGCAUGAUUGAAGAAAUCAUCCCUGACCAAUUCACGGACAUCACCAUCGCUGACGGGUGCGCGACGACUUUCGUCGAAGGUCAAUUCCAAUUCGUCUUUACAGUAAACGGCAACGAGCCAGACAGUUUAUGGCGCGUCUUGUCGGUCCAUACUAUCCUGACUGAUCGUUGCGCGCGCAUCAAGUUUUGUAAAGGCGUUGGCAUGAACAACUUGCGCGUGAUCCUGGCCAACGCCCCCACGGCCGAACACAACGACCACUUGAAGAACUUGGUGCAAAAGUGCGUGAAUAACUCGUCGUCUCCACUUGUAGCAGCUUGCGCGGUCUUGCUUGACUUUUGUAGUCGCAUGGCCCUGCAGAUUGUUCUUGCGCAAGGCCAUGGCCUCGCACAGCGUUGGCCAAUGGUGGACUUUCGGCCCGUCGCUGAUCAUGCGUUGGACAUUUUGUACUGGAAAGGUUUGGUCAAAGCAGCCACAGCCAAACGCCCGGCAUCUCCAUCGAAUGCGGACCUCGACGCGGCUCCGCUAACAUCGGGCGCACCGCCGCUCAUGUCGACCGAGACGCUGUCCGUUCGAUUGCACUCACAUGCUGGAAAAAAUCCUCCACGCGGCGGCGCGUUGUUUUCCAUCCAACUCUAUCCGUCACCGCCACCCGAGUUGCUCGUGCUGUACCCAACUUUGCUUGAACCGCUGCGCGUCCCAACCAACCUGUACAAACUUAGUGCGGAGCAAGUUUUGCUCGGGGCCUUGGAACUCCACGCCGCAAGCGUUCUCUUUUGCCUCGAACGCAAACUAGUCCUUGGAGCAACCGUGCCAUUACAUCUCAUGACGGGCGAGGCGGUAUCGGUCGUACGGUCGCCGCGGAGCUUUCGCAUUUCACGAAUGGAUAGCUCAGGGCAAGCGCCACUUGAAGUGUCGUUCGAUGUCCGAUCCGGCCGAUUUGUCGUGUUAUGUUUAGUAGGUGCGCGCUCUCGCCUCGUCGACAGCGCGGUGAAUCAACUCGAAACGGUGCUGAACACUCAGUGCAAAGUGCAGCUGCCAAGGGCAUCUGAAGCGUCGAUUUUUCCAUCUCAUGUCGGCAGCGGCGGCGGCGGGACGACUCGAAUGCUCGCGCUCGAGUUUGAUGACGAGAGCGUUGUGCACAAAGCGCUCGCCUUUGCACUGCGCGAAAUCGUUGCGUUCGAGCUCACUUGCUUUGCCGCGUCGUGCGCCAACGUUGAAGUCCAGCGUCACGUCCAGAUCAAUUGGGACAAGUAUAUUAAUUUUCGCCAGCAGACGGGCAACAGCAUCGACUCUCUGUCGCUGUCUCCACACGCGCUGUUCUUUCAAAUCGUACGCAACAAGGAGUCAUCCGGGUACUUGGUCGUCGAGUUUGAUCGAUUGGCCGACAUGGAGAGCGACAUUGCCCACGAAGACGAUUGGGUUCGGUCGCCGGCUUUCUCGCUGCUUCAACUGCAGACGUCGACGAUUCCGUGCGCGGUGCAGUUUUUCCAGCGGUUUCCCGCCUUUCGAAAGGAUGCUAUCCCCAUGCCACCCACACCACCUGCGUCGAUAACGCCACCAUCAGCAACUCCACCCUCGAAGAAACGAAAGCUCGCCGUCGACGUGACCCUUCCCUUCGUCUCGAAUUUGUUCUUGCACGUCAUCAGCCUCUGUCACGAGCGCAUUCAACUCCAGCACUAUGUCAACUUUGCCCGCCGGCGACGCGUCAAGAUUAAGUACGCUGGACAAGGCGGGACAGCGCUGGCAGGCGUGACCACGGGCGAGCAGAUCGUGUCGUUCCCGUUCCCGGAUCGGAUCCCCAUCACGCCAUUAAACAUCAAAGCCGUCCAUGGCCACUUGCGCAAGUGCGGCGGGUUUGAGAUGUGCGUCCAGUUGGUGGCGGCCCCAUUUGAUUUCAUAAUUCCGUCGUCGGGCACCCCUGCACCGACAAGUGCAAGCAGCAGCACGAGCCACUCAGCCACGUCCAGCGGAAACCUCAUAUUCCGCUAUCCUCACGUUCAAAAGUUCCAGCCAGACAAUCCACUCGAAACGUUCAUGGCGGAAUUGAUCACACGCGUGAAACCCAUGGCCGAUUUUGGCGUCAAGCUCCAGCGAACCCUGAGCGCUGUCGGACGAUACUCGUCGUCGUCGGAAGGGAUUCGAGAUCAUUUUUACGUCGAGCGCGCCGACCCAUUUGGGUUUGUGCUCGCGUGCCGCACAUCCAACCCGAAACGGUGUGUCGCCGCCGGCUCGACGGCCGACAACCUCAUCACGUACCGCGUCACGAUCGAGUACAGCUCCAACCCGAACAGUCGAUUCGUGCUUAGCAGCAGCCACCAAGCCGAACACCCGCUUCUCAAUUUCAUUCAGACCGCGUUCAACCUGCACAUGGACUCGGCCCAGCUGCUCGAAGCGCUCGAGCGUACCACCAUCCCGUUGGGGAUCUUGUCGAGUGCUGUGAGCUCGCAGCUGAUCUCAGCAAAAUGUUAUCGCCACGACAAUGCGCAGGACAAACUGCCAUCGUCGGGUGGCCCCGCGUCGCAUGGAGGAGGCAUGGGCAAGAAAGGCGGCAAGGGUGGCAAAGGCAUGCGACUCGGGUACAAAGUCAAGCUCCCGGGUGAAGAAAAAGGAUACUACGCGGAAAAAUCUUACGGCGGCGACGAUAAGUCGUUCGUCCCGGCGGAACUGUUGCUAAUCCCGCGGUCCCAGAACCACAUUCGACUCACAUACGCGGACCGAUGUGGCAUCGACAUCUACUUUCUAGAGGUCAGCGCCAUCACCACAAACGUGCCUGUAUUCUGCCACGAAAGCUCACACGACUGAUGGAAUUCUGCUCGCGCCCUUGUAGAACGAAAUGGUCAACUUGCGAAGUGCCCCUUGUGGAGCGAGAGUCCCGUGUUGCAGCGCGGACGGCGGGAUUACUGUGACCCACGCAGCUUUUGGCGACCGAUUAAGAAGCGUCGUGUUCCCAGAAAUGGCGUCGCUAUAACCCACGUGUAAGAAGUAUUGUUAUUCCUCUAUCCCUCGUGGUCUUUGGACCCGCAACAUCUUCUUCCCUGCAUCCCGAGCGUUCUUCGGCCCUGCACCUGGUCCUCCCGUCCAAGCCAAUCAACAAGACCAUUCCCAUCAUGAUGGUGUCGCCCCAAGUUGGGUUGUACCGUGCAACAACACCUCAAGCGGCGAUUUCCACGAGUGUGCAGCCGCAUUAUGCUUCUUCAUACUGGACCAUCUCGGAAUGCGGGGCCGCGGCUUGCGAGUCUUGGAAAAAGGGUUUGUCCUGCCUUUUGGUCGGUGGACUCUGGGCUGGCUUCGCUGGAACGAUCUACGCAAUUCCCAAGUUGUAAAGAUUGUCAUCAGCCCAGCGUCAAGCGACAUUUGUAUCAACAACAGUACGUCGUAUGGGUAAUCCAUCGAACACGAUUCAUCGCCGCCCAUGUCCCCGAGCAGGUGCUCCAGUUGCGUGAGCGCGCCACGUUCAUGGUUUUCGCGCUCAGGUGGUUUCACGGGGCAGUGCUCUUGACCGUCGUCUUGAGAGAGACCUCCCUUGGUU